ACGUACACGUACACAGAAUCAGAAGAAGGGUGUGUUUCGCGGUCGCACAAAAAACCAAUCUCCUCCAGACCUUCUCAGGGAAUCAGUGAAGUACCAGACACGGCCGGUCAUGUCAGCGUCUGCUGAUUUCAACAAUCCGUUGAGGAAAUUUAAGCUCGUCUUCCUGGGAGAGCAGAGCGUGGGGAAGACGUCGCUGAUAACCAGAUUCAUGUACGACAGUUUCGAUUCCACGUAUCAGGCAACGAUAGGAAUCGAUUUCCUAUCGAAGACCAUGUACCUCGAGGAUAGAACGGUUCGUCUCCAGUUGUGGGACACUGCGGGACAGGAGCGGUUCCGGAGCCUCAUUCCCUCAUACAUACGAGAUUCCACCGUUGCCGUGGUCGUGUAUGACAUCACCAGUAAGCCAGUGACCUACCCUCAAAUCUUGUGUGGUACAGUGAGGGGGUUUCGACUGAGUACUAACAACUGCACACACCUUGCUAUGUAUGAUCUCAUCCACCUCUCGUCACUAGAUGGCAACUCGUUUCAACAAGUCAGUAAAUGGAUAGAAGACGUGAGGGCAGAGAGGGGCACCGAUGUCAUUAUCAUGCUCGUGGGGAACAAAACUGACUUACAGGACAAGAGACAAGUAUCGAUGGAGGAGGGAGAGAGACGGGCAAACGACCUCAACGUCAUGUUCAUUGAGACGAGUGCAAAGGCUGGCUACAACGUGAAGCAGCUGUUCCGUCGAGUGGCAGCCGCCCUCCCUGGGAUGGAGAGCACCCAGGACAAGCAAAACAGAGAAGACUCUAUCAUAGUACCGACUGCUCAAGAGUACCACUAUGACCAAAGACCAUCAGAAUGCAGCUGCUGAUGAUGAGCACUAAAUAGAACCCCACCACCACCACUUCACUUUUUCAAUGUAUAUAUGCUCAUAACAACAGAAUUAUCAGGUUGGGUUUUUCAGGAGAAAGAUUGUAAUGAUGUAGUCAUGUGAGUGGUAAAUGUCAUGUGACAGUGGAGGAGGUGUCCAUUGGAGCCACACCCUGUCGUUGCAUGGCUUUGACAGCCCCUCCCCCUAGGCCCCCUCUAUCCUCAUCGAAGUCCAUCCUGUAGUCAUCUCUGACUUGACCUCCCGACCUCCCCCUCCCAUACUGCCUCCCCUCAAUGAACCCCAUGUCCCAGUCUGCCCUAAUGAUUCUGUUGUCCAGCUUUGUUCCACUGAUGUACGCUAUGCCCUUGGCAGCCGAGUCGUGAGAGUAAUACCUGUUGCUUCGUCAGGGUCAAAAAAAACUUACGCAGUAACUAAAAGCUGUAUACCAUGGGGUUAGAUUUUUAUGCAUAAACCUCUUGGAAAGCUGGUAGUAUAAGGCUAUGAUACGAUGCAACUUUCUCGCGUAAGACAACCGCAAGAGAGGGCAUGUGCAUGCACGUAAUAGAAGUGCUAAAACGAGGGAGUUUUGUUGGAUACUCGAUAAAACAGAAUCCACACGGCGUCUUCUUGAUUCGAUCCAGACCCAUGAUGAUCCGCUUCACCUCUCCGCACAUGGAGAACAGCUCGUACACCUGCUCCUCGCUCGAGAAGAAGGACAUGUUCCCGACGUACAGCGUGGAGCUGCUGCGCAGUUUUCCCUCAUAUUCCUCGGUCGAAAGUCCGGCCUUGUGGUCUCUGUACUGACUCUUGGGCUUUCGGCCACCCCGCUCCACCAU